GAGGAACUCGAAUAGUUGGCAGUGGGCGGUCUAUAAUCUGUUGGUAAGGCGUUGAGCUGCGAUCGUAGUGGACCUAAACAGUAUCUUGGCUGAGAGAGUAUGUGGCGUCGUAUGUUGAGCGGGACCCUGCCUCGGACCUUGGGCCGCACCUGGCCUUCCAUUGCACGGGUCCUUGUGUGCCGAUACUCGGUUGCUGCCAUUCCUACACCCAACAGGCAGCCUGAUGUGCAGUUCGAUAAGCUCUUCAUCAACAACGAAUGGCACGAUGCUGUGAACAAGAAGACAUUCCCUACCGUCAACCCUGCCACCGGAGAGGUCAUCUGUCAGGUUGCUGAGGGGGACAAGGCAGAUGUUGAUAAGGCAGUUAAGGCUGCCAAGGAUGCCUUCCAGCUGGGGUCUCCAUGGCGCCGCAUGGACGCCUCUGACCGAGGGUUGCUGCUUAGCCAUUUGGCAGACCGUAUCGAGAGGGAUGCGGCAUACCUCGCUGAGCUGGAGACACUGGACAACGGCAAGCCAUAUGCAGUGGCCUAUACUGUGGAUGUCCCCAUGGUGGUUAAAUGUCUGCGGUACUAUGCUGGCUGGGCAGACAAGUGGGAGGGAAAGACCAUCCCUGUUGAUGGAGACUACUUCUGCUAUACCCGACAUGAGCCCAUUGGGGUUUGCGGCCAGAUCAUCCCAUGGAAUUUCCCCUUGCUAAUGCAAGCAUGGAAGCUGGGUCCAGCACUGGCCACAGGGAACACAGUGGUGAUGAAGGUGGCAGAGCAGACACCUCUCAGCGCCCUGUACGUGGCCCACCUCAUUAAGGAGGUGGGUUUCCCGCCUGGAGUUGUGAACAUCAUCCCUGGAUUGGGUCCCAUAGCAGGUGCAGCCAUUGCCUCUCACAUGGAUGUGGAUAAGGUGGCCUUCACGGGCUCCACAGAGGUGGGCCAUCUGAUCCAGCAGGCAUCCGGCACCAGCAACUUGAAAAAGGUGACCCUGGAGCUGGGUGGCAAGAGCCCCAACAUCAUAAUGUCUGAUGCUGAUAUUGAGGUGGCAGUGGAGCAGGCCCACUUUGCCGUCUUCUUCAACCAGGGACAAUGCUGCUGUGCAGGCUCCCGCACCUAUGUCCAGGAAAGUAUUUACAACGAGUUUGUGGAGCACAGUGUGGAGAGAGCCAAGAGGAGAGUGGUGGGAGACCCCUUCAGCUUUAACACUGAACAGGGUCCCCAGGUGAAUGAGGAGCAGUUCAAGAAAAUCCUAGGCUAUAUUAGCUCUGGUAAGAAGGAGGGGGCCAAGCUGUUGUGUGGGGGAAGUGUUGCAGCUGAACGUGGAUACUUCAUCCAGCCCACUGUCUUUGGUGAUGUGAAAGACAACAUGACCAUUGCCAGAGAGGAGAUCUUUGGCCCAGUGAUGCAGAUCUUGAAGUUCAGGACCUUGGAGGAGGUGGUAGAGAGAGCCAAUAACACUAAAUAUGGGCUGGCAGCUGCUGUUUUCACCAAGGAUAUUGACAAGGCCAAUUAUAUCUCUGCUGGGUUACGCACUGGCACCAUAUGGAUCAACUGCUACAAUGUGUUUGGGGCACAGGCACCAUUUGGUGGGUACAAGGCCUCUGGGAUUGGACGGGAGUUGGGACAGUAUGGCCUUGACAACUACACUGAAGUGAAAACAGUUGUAAUCAAAGUUCCACAGAAGAAUUCUUAAAUAGAAAUAAAUGGUGCUUCUGAAACCAACAAAAAAGGGAAGGUGGCACAGAAUGGAAAAUGAAUUGGCAACAGCAGUAUAUAAUGCUCUAAAAUGCUGUUUUGUUUGUUUUACUUUAAUGAGAUAUUAGAAGUUGGUCGUCAUGUCCUUUUGGGAAAUGUUACUAAAUUGUAUAUGCAUCUUUUCAGUUAUAAGGAGUAAAACUAUAUUAAGAUUGCAAUCAAAGCAUCUUUACACGCAUGUUACAGUCACCGUGAAUGUUAAGUAGAUUUAAGUUGUGGCCAACUAAUUUUGUUGCGAAAGCACUUGUACUACUAUGCCUUUUGCCACAGGAUUUUGAAGGACUUUCAAAAUUGCACUCAUAUUAAUCUUUAACUUGUUACAAGUCUGUUGUGGAUCAUUGAGUUAUUUCUUCUGUAUUCUCUGAUAAUCAAUAUUUGCAAUUAAACAAUUGGCUUUCUAAUUUGCUUAAUGUAUCAGGCACUUUCUACCAUAAAUUUUAUGGUAGUCUUUUAAAAUGGAGAGUUAAAUUACGCUAGUUGGUCAGUAAUCAUAUGCCAUUUCAAACAAAACCUGUGAAAAAUUCAGUGAAAUAGAAAAUUUAAUCAUGUUGCUGCCUUUUGUCAAUUUCAAACUAGAGAUCACAAAAACCUGACAGCAUUUACUACUUCACUGGCAAAACAAAAAUUCCAGUUAGUGUCACAGCACUGUGGACUAUAAUGUUUCUGAGAAGUAUUUCAGGCUAAUUUCCUGCAGAACAGGGUAACACAUUUUAUUUAGCUGUCAGGCAAAUUCCCAAGAGCACUGGAUUAACAUUAUUACUUGCAGAAAAAAAUAAUUCCAACAUUAAAACGGUCAUGUAAAACUAAACCUGAAUAAAAGGUAUUUUGUGCAUGACAAGGCCUUGUAGCAUUAGAAAUGAGUGUUUGAGGUUAGUUUUUCAUUUGGUGCAAGAUUAAAGCCUGUUGAAAUUUAAGACCCUGGUUAUUGCCUACAAAUGCAUCAGUAGAAUUUAUAAUGUUUGUGGCCUUCAUAAUGGAAUAGUUACAUUUAUUACAUUUAUUUACUCAGCAGAUGCUCUUCUCCGAAGCGACUUACAAUAGAUAUCAA